AUGGACCAGGACAUCAAGCCCGAGAUGGCUUCACGUGCGACGGACCGGCUCUUCUACUCUCCGGCGGCGCUGCUAACGGCGAUCGUCGUGUCGGAUGCCUUGGAGCCCGAUUUUCCGAUCAUUUACGUCAACACCGUCUUCGAAUCGGCCACCGGAUUUCGCGCUGAUGAGGUCCUUGGUCGCAACUGCCGGUUCUUGCAAUUUAGAGACCCGCGUGCGAAGCGGCGGCACCCACUGGUGGACCCUGUGGUGGUCUCUGAGAUCCGGAGGUGCCUGGAAGAAGGCCUAGAGUUUGAAGGGAAGCUUCUCAACUUCCGCAAAGACGGCACCCCCUUACUCAACUCCUUACGCCUCACUCCAAUCCACGGAGACGACGGCAGCGUGACCCAUGUGAUUGGCAUCCAGGUGUUCUCGGAGGCCAAACUCGACCUCAACAACAUAUCCUACCCUGUCUUCACCCACCACCACCCCACCUGGACCAACAACCCUCCCUACCACCAACAUCCAUGUGGCAUCCUCCAGCUGUCGGACGAGGUCAUCGCCCACAACAUCCUCUCCCGCCUCACUCCACGCGACGUGGCCUCUGUUGGCUCCGUCUGCCGCCGCAUCCGCCAGCUCACCAAGAACGAGCACGUGCGCAAGAUAGUGUGUCAGAAUGCGUGGGGCAGGGACGUCACGGGCACGCUGGAGCUGCUGAUGGCCAAGCGCUCUAACCCCGGUUGGGGCCGCCUCGCGCGUGAGCUCACCACCUUGGAGGCCGUACGCUGGCGCAAGCUCACAGUAGGGGGGUCCGUCGAGCCGUCCCGCUGCAACUUCAGCGCAUGUGCUGCCGGGAACCGCCUCGUCCUGUUCGGGGGAGAGGGCGUCAACAUGCAGCCAAUGGACGACACCUUUGUCCUCAACCUCGACUCUGCCACCCCUGAGUGGCGCCGGGUGAGCGUGGAGGCGUCCCCGCCCGGACGCUGGGGCCACACCCUCUCCUGCCUCAACGGCUCCUGGCUUGUUGUCUUUGGAGGGUGCGGGCAGCAGGGCCUGCUCAACGACGUCUUUGUGCUCGACCUUGACGCCAAGCGGCCCACGUGGCGGGAGGUCCCCGGGGGGGCCCGUCCGCCUCCCCGCUCGUGGCACAGUUCCUGCACACUCGAGGGCUCCAAGUUGGUCGUUUCUGGGGGCUGCACCGACGGGGGAUCCCUCCUCAGCGACACCUUCCUGCUCGACCUCAACGUGGAGCGGCCCGCAUGGAGAGAGAUCCCAACGGUGUGGGCACCACCUUCGCGGCUGGGACACUCGAUGUCGGCGUACGGGCGCACGAAGAUGCUCAUGUUUGGGGGGUUGGCGAGGACAGGGCACCUGAGGCUGCGAUCGGGGGAGGCGUACGUGAUCGACCUGGGGGACGAGAGUAGGCCGCCGCAGUGGAGGCAGCUCGAGUGUGGGGAUGGGGGAGCGGUGCCGCCGCCCAGGCUGGAUCACGUAGCGAUGACGAUGCCGUGCGGGAGGAUCAUCGUGUUUGGGGGGUCCAUUGCAGGGCUGCACUCCCCUUCGCAGCUGUUUUUGUUGGACCCGGCAGAGGAGAAGCCAUCGUGGAGGGCACUAAACGUUCCAGGGCAGCCACCAAAGUUUGCGUGGGGCCACAGCACUUGUGUAGUCGGGGGGACGAGGGUUCUGGUGCUAGGUGGACACACGGGGGAGGAAUGGGUGCUCAACGAGCUGCAUGAGCUGUGUUUGGCAAGCAGGCAGGAUUCGGAUCCGUGA